AUGAGCAGUGCCGUGCUGGUGCCUCGCCUGCCCGACCCCAGCAGCAGCUUCCGAGAGGAUGCGCCCCGGCCCCCGGUGCCGGGGGAGGAAGGGGACACCCCGCCCUGCCCGCCGGCCGCCGCGGGGAAGGGCCCGGCCGCCAAGCCCAUGCCCGUCUCCCCCACCGCCCGGCGCAACGAGGACGGGCUGGGGGAGCCCGAGGGCCGGGCGUCCCCGGAUUCCCCGCUGACUCGCUGGACCAAGUCCUUGCACUGCUUGCUGGGCGACCAGGACGGCGCCUACCUCUUCCGGACCUUCCUGGAGCGGGAGAAAUGCGUGGACACCCUGGACUUCUGGUUCGCCUGCAACGGCUUCAGGCAGAUGGACCUGAAGGAUUCCAAAACGCUGCGCGUCGCCAAGGCCAUCUACAAGCGGUACGUGGAGAACAACAGCGUCGUGGCCAAGCAGCUGAGGCCCGCCACCAAGACUUACAUCAGAGAUGGCAUCAAGAAGCAGCAGAUUGACUCCAUCAUGUUCGACCAGGCGCAGACCGAGAUCCAGGCGGUGAUGGAGGAAAAUGCCUACCAGAUGUUCCUGACUUCGGAUAUAUACCUCGAAUACGUGAGGAGCGGGGGUGAGAACACGGCGUACCUGGGCCACGGGAGCCUGGGGGGCCUCAAGGUCGUGUGCGGCUAUCUCCCCACCUUGAAUGAGGAGGAGGAGUGGACUUGCGCCGACCUCAAGUGCAAACUUUCGCCCACGGUGGUUGGCUUGUCCAGCAAAACCCUGAGGGCCACCGCUGGCGUGCGGUCCACGGAGACGGUCGAGAAUGGAUACAGGUCCUUCAAGAGGAGCGAUCCCGUCAACCCGUACCACGUAGGUUCCGGCUACGUCUUCGCGCCGGCCACCAGCGCCAACGACAGCGAGAUAUCCAGCGACGCGCUGACCGACGACUCCAUGUCCAUGACGGACAGUAGCGUAGAUGGAAUCCCUCCUUACCGCGUGGGCAGUAAGAAACAGCUCCAGAGAGAAAUGCAUCGCAGCGUGAAGGCCAAUGGCCAAGUGUCUCUACCUCAUUUCCCGAGAACCCACCGCCUGCCCAAGGAGAUGACCCCCGUGGACCCCGCCGCCUUCGCGGCCGAGCUGAUCUCCCGGCUGGAGAAGCUGCAGCUGGAGCUGGCGAGCCGGCACAGCCUGGAGGAGCGGCUGCAGCAGAUGCGCGAGGACGAGGAGAAGGAGGGUCCCGAGCUCGUGCUGGGCCUGCGGGACGGGGCGCCCCCGCAGCACCCCCUCUCCCUCCUGCCCUCCGGCAGCUACGAGGAGGACCCGCAGACCAUCCUGGACGACCACCUGUCCCGGGUCCUCAAGACGCCCGGCUGCCAGUCCCCCGGCGUGGGCCGCUCCAGUCCCCGCGCCCGCUCCCCCGACCACCACCACCACCAGCACCAGCCGCCGUACCACCCCCUGCUGCCCCCCGGGGCCAAGCUGCCCCCCGCCGCCGCCGCCUCGCCCGCCGGCUGCCCCCUCCUCGGGGCCAAGGGCUUCGUGACCAAGCAGACCACGAAGCACGUCCACCACCACUACAUCCACCACCACGCCGGCCCCAAGACCAAGGAGGAGAUGGAGGCCGAGGCCGCCCACAGGGUGCGCUGCUUCUGCCCCGGGGGCCCCGAGUAUUACGGCUCCCCCAAGUGCAGGGGCCACCCCAAGGCGCUGGAGCCCGGGCCCGCUGAGCGCUUCGGCGCCCAGAGCACAAAGAAGGCAUCCCCCGCGGAGUCCGCCCGGGGCCCCCCCGCCGAGCGCCCCGGCCGCCACCACCUGUGGGGGGGCGGCGGCGGCGGCGGGCACUCCCGAGCCACUGCCCGCGCCCACCUGUUCGCCCAGGACCCCGCCAUGCCGCCCCUGACGCCUCCCAACACGCUGGCGCAGCUGGAGGAGGCCUGCCGCCGGCUGGCCGAGGUGUCCAAGCCCCCGAAGCAGCGGUGCUGCGUGGCCAGCCAGCAGAGGGACAGGAGCCACGUGGCCACAGGCCAGACGGGAGCCACGCCCUUCUCCGCCCCAGGCCUGGCCGCAGAAGACCACAAAGAGCCAAAGAAGCCAGCGGGGGUCCUUGCGCUCCAGGCCAGCGAGCUGGUCCUCACGUACUUCUUCUGUGGGGAAGAAAUCCCGUACAGGAGGAUGCUGAAGGCGCAGAGCCUGACCCUGGGCCACUUUAAAGAGCAGCUCAGCAAAAAGGGGAACUAUAGGUAUUACUUCAAAAAGGCCAGCGACGAGUUUGCGUGCGGCGCCGUGUUCGAGGAGGUCUGGGACGACGAGACGGUGCUGCCCAUGUACGAGGGCCGGAUCCUGGGCAAGGUGGAGCGGAUCGACUGA